AUGAAAAUUGAAAAUGAAAUCAAUCGAAAAGAAAACAUUUAUGAUAUCAUCUGUUAUUACAACGAAGGAGAUAACGAUGACCCACAACAUGUUAAAGAAGUUAUCAACAAAAUUGUGAAGACAAGUCAACAGGAGAAUUUAAAUACAGAUAAAUGGAUUAAAUGGAAGCUUCUCGGUUGUCUCUUAAUUAACGUUUUAUUAAAUGCACCAAUUUAUUCCUACGGCACAAUUUAUCUUCUUCAUAAAGAAGCAUUCGACGACGACCCUAAAAUUGUGUUACCUCCAAUCAUAUUUUGUAGUGUUUAUCUUCUGGUUACGCCGUGGCUGUUCAACACAAUCUCCACACCAUCUUCGAGAAGCUCACGAGCGCCGAAAACCGACACGUCAAUCUUCACAAAACUUACAAAUAAAAGUGUCAUCAUCGUGUUUUCAUUAAUACUUUGCGUAAGUAUGUCGUCAUGUAUAAUCAUGGGAAAAUUGUUUGUUCUUAUCAACACAGUGUUAAACAAUGAUCGGCUGCAUAUGAUUAACUUCAUUUACUCCUUUGGACAAGCUUUAGCGCAAUUUGCUUUUCCUUUUAUGAUGAAGCCUUUAAUGGGAUUGGUUUGCCAUAAUUGCUUCUUCCUGAUGAUUGGAGCUGUUAUGUUUCACAUCAUCCCUUUAACAAUGUUGUUGAUGAAGAGUAAAUUUUCACUUCAAUUGAAUCAAAGAAAAAUGACGAAAAGUCCCAUCCAAUUAAAUUUGAAUGAUGAAUCUCGCUACUCUGACACGUCUGAUACGUUUGACUUUGUUGUUAAUAUCAAAUAUCCUUCAGAUGUGUUCGAUGUUGAAAAUAAAUGGCAGAAUCCGAAUAAUAACUUUAAAGAUAUAUCAGGAAGUGAUCCAAAAUGUGAUCAUUUUCUCGAAGAUCUCGAAGCCCUUCGAAUUAUGAAUUCAGAUGGAGUUGAGAUACUUCAAACGAUCAUGGAAACUGAUGAAGAAAAUGAGAAUAGAAAUUCUGAAUUGAGUGAAGAAAUAAUCGAAUCGAUUUAUGACGAAAUUAACAGAAAACACAAGCAACAAAGACGUCAAGAUAUUUCCAAACCGAAUCAGUGUGGUUUCAUUAAAAAGUUUAUUUUUGAGAAGGCUAGAAGAGUGUCAACGACAAUUUACCGUCAAAUUGUUAAUCCACUUCAUAGAUCUAUGAAGAUUUUCAAGUUUUAUCCUUCAGUUAUUCUCAAGUCUUGUGACAUUUUCUCGUACAUUUUGUUCAUCACACUGAUCCUACCAAAUCUUGCUCUCAAGCAAUACAGAUUUGUGGAUCGAGAGAAAUUACAAAUCAACGAUAUUCCAUUAAUGGAUUCGUAUUUGGACUUAUUCUUAUAA